CAGGGGAGGCUGCGGCCACUGCAGCGGGGUCGAGCCCAUGGCGGCGACGGCGGUGGCUGCGGGGGCAGGGGCGGCGGCCGGGACCGAGUCUGCUGAGGGCCCCCCAGGCCCGGCGGCGGCGCUGGAGCUGUGGCUCAACAAAGCCACAGACCCAAGUGUGUCAGAGCAGGAUUGGUCGGCUAUCCAGAACUUCUGUGAGCAGGUGAACACUGACCCCAAUGGCCCCACACAUGCGCCCUGGCUCCUGGCCCACAAGAUCCAGUCUCCACAAGAGAAGGAAGCGCUUUAUGCCCUGACGGUCCUGGAGACAUGUAUGAACCACUGUGGUGAGAAGUUCCACAAUGAGGUGGCCAAGUUCCGCUUCCUGAAUGAGCUGAUCAAAGUGUUGUCUCCCAAAUACUUAGGGGCCUGGGCCACAGAAAAAGUUAAAGGGAGAGUCAUCGAGAUCCUCUUUAGCUGGACAGUGUGGUUUCCAGAAGACAUCAAGAUCCGAGAUGCUUAUCAGAUGCUGAAGAAGCAAGGAAUCAUAAAACAAGACCCUAAGCUACCAAUGGACAAGAUCUUGCCCCCACCUUCUCCCUGGCCCAAGAGCUCCAUCUUCGAUGCUGACGAAGAGAAGUCCAAGCUUCUGACGAGACUUCUCAAGAGCAACCACCCUGAGGAUCUCCAGGCAGCAAACCGGCUCAUCAAGAAUCUGGUUAAGGAGGAACAAGAAAAAUCAGAGAAGGUGUCCAGAAGAGUCAGCGCGGUGGAGGAAGUGCGAAGCCACGUGAAGGUGCUGCAGGAGAUGCUGAGCACAUAUCGCAGGCCAGGGCAGGCCCCCCCGGACCAGGAGGCCCUGCAGGUCGUGUAUGAAAGGUGUGAGAAGCUGCGGCCCACGCUGUUCCGCCUGGCGGGAGACACCACCGAUGACGACGACGCGCUGGCGGAGAUUCUCCAGGCAAAUGACCUCCUCACCCAGGGAGUUCUGCUGUAUAAACAGGUGAUGGAGGGCCGUGUCACCUUUGGGAACACAGUGCCCAGCUCAGUGGGAGACGUGCCUGUCUCUAGAGUCUUUCAGAACCCAGCAGGCUGCAUGAAGAACUGUCCCCUGAUUGACUUGGAGGUGGACAGUGGGUCUGAACAGUCCUUGCUUCAUCAGGACCUGGCAGCCUUAGGGAUCAGUGAUGCUCCUGUUAUGAACAAGGUCGCCAGUCAGAACUGCUGCAAAGAAAAGAAGAACCUUGCUGCCAACACACCUCCAGGUGGCGGAGUCCAGAGCCCUUCCGCAGACAGGAACUUGCUGGAUCUGCUCUCACCACAGCUGUCUCCCGGUCCUCUGAAUUAUGUCCCACAGAAAAGUAUCCCCAAGGAAGUGCCACCAGGUACUAAGUCCUCUCCAGGUUGGUCCUGGGAGGCUGGCCCUUUGGCUCCUUCCCCGGCUUCCCAGAACACACCUCUGGCUCAAGUGUUUGUCCCUUUGGAGUCUGUGAAGCCCAGCAGCCUGCCUCCUAUUAUCGUGUAUGACCGGAACGGAUUCAGAAUUCUGCUCCACUUCUCCCAGACGGGGGCCCCUGGCCACCCAGAGGUGCAGGUGUUACUGCUGACCAUGAUGAGCACUGCUACCCAGCCAGUCUGGGACAUCAUGUUUCAAGUGGCUGUGCCAAAGUCAAUGAGAGUGAAGCUGCAGCCGGCCUCCAGCUCCAAGCUUCCUGCAUUCAGUCCUUUGGUGCCUCCAGCUGUGAUCUCUCAGAUGCUUCUGCUCGACAAUCCUCACAAAGAACCUAUCCGGUUACGGUAUAAACUGACAUUCAACCAGGGUGGACAGCCUUUCAGUGAAGUAGGAGAAGUGAAGGACUUUCCAGACCUGGCCGUCUUGGGAGCAGCAUAAUUUUUCGUGAGACAGACCCUUCAAGUCAAGCUUGGGCCACGUUCCUCUCACUCUCAAGUUGGAACUAGUCACAUGAUUUAGUGCAGAGUGCCAAAAACUGUCUCCUGACACAGGCUCUGAAUGCCAACCUCUGAACUAUUCUGCAGAGACUGUGUGUGUGCUGUCGGGGGCUGCGGGGAGGGAAGAGCGGGGCUGGGGGUGGCAGUGUGGAAGCUGCCGGGCAUUUCUGAAGACCAUCUCUGCUGCAGUCAUCUGUUUCUGCAUGUCGUGGACACCGAUGUCCCUGCCUCAGGUUGGAGGUUUUAUAAGCCAAAGUUUUUUUCAUGUAUGUUAUCUUUUCAUUCAUCCACUCUGUGCCUUGUCAGCCUUUGAAAGUCUUGGUUGCUCCCAGACUGCUGUUCUCAGGGACCUUAAAAGGGACCUGGUUGGUCUUGGGGCAAAGAGUGUCUUCUGGGGACACUACUCUUCCAAGAAAGACCUUGUCUCCAUUUCAUUCAAGAAUGCUGCUUGCGUGUGUUCGGGAAGAUCUCUGGAAUGGAAUGCUUGUUGCACUGUAACCAGCGAGGGGCUGCUGUGAGACCAGAAGACCACACCUGGUGGGCCAAUCAUGUCCUUCACCACUGUGCCUUAGAAUCGCCCUUAGAUGGACCCUCUGAGGCAGAGGGAAAGCAGACCCCAGGCCUUAGGUUCCAUGGGUUGGGCAGCCUGUCUGGGCCCUUACUCAGGACCCUCAUCUCUAUCCUCAUCCUCUUUCUCCAUAAGCAUCUCCUCUGAGCUCUUUGAUUGUGACACCAGGUUAGUCAUAAAUCAUAGCUAGUGGCCAGCCCAUUCUGCCUUGCGGGAAGUCGAGGAAAUAGGAGUCGCAGAGCCAGUUGUGUUUAGAGCUGAGAGGCUGGAAGGGAACUGGCUUCCUGUUGAAGGAUGGAGAGCCAGUGACCCCACGAAGACAAAACCCUGAAGAUCUGAGCAGAGCUGGAUAUCUGUUCCAUUUAUAAGCUGAAGGAGAAAUUCAAGCAUAUAGUCAGGUGAUCCUUAGUGAGCAUCUACUGUUUGCUGUGAUCUUUGAUGUGCAUAUUUAACAAGUCCUGCUCAACUAGACUCUGGGAAAAGGUGCCUGAGCCUGGCUGAGAUGUACCAGUGAAGGGCUGGGAGGGCCAAGAGGUCGGCCUUCUGGGUGGCAGUCAACCUAGGAACCUGCAAGGCUGUUUGGAGCUUUUAAUCGUGAGAUCUGGUCUUGAUGUCUGCAUAUAGUUGGAUCUGCCAACAUUAAGUGGUGGAAAUGGCAGCUGUAAAGAUCCUCAAGGGAUGCUCAUUUUUAAGCAAAUGUGCAAACUCAUAAGACAGAUAAAUGAUGGGGAGAUUUCUUCAUUUGGCAUAAUUCAUAUGAGACUAAUCUUAACCCCAAAAUUAUUUUAAUGUUCCAGUGUCUUACAGAAAAGCUAUCACAUAAAGUUUUUAAAGGGUGCCCAUCAGGACGACGGUGUCUGCCUGUGAAGAACUGGUCCAAAUGGGUGAAUGAGACUGGCACAUGAGAAGACAGGCUUUUUAUCCUGUAGUUUAGAGAUGAACUCAUGUACAUCCCUGAAGAUCCUUCUGUUUUCCAGGAGAAAUGGCACUCUGCAUAGGUAGACUUGGAGAGAGGAUAGAUAGGAAGAGAGGAAGAAGGUGGCUGUCCUGGGAGGGUCCCUGGUUCAUGCCAUGAGUUCCUCUAAUCACCAGAUUCAGUGAGUGCGUAGAGCCCGGCCUGCACCCUCUGGUUCCCUCACCCACCAGCGGCUGUCGUAGCCAGCACUGCUGUGGGCACUACGGACGCAGCAGGGACUUCUGGAUCUUCUGGUCCUCUGGAGAGAGACGAGUUUAUCCUGUGUCAGCUGGAGAACUGGCACUGAUGGCCAGUGCUGUCUCCUGUCCUCAUCUGUCUGGAAUCCUGCUUAUCUUUACUUCUUGACCUACCUCUGCCCCUUUAAUGUGCUUUCCCAGGGCUGGUCCUUCGGACUUUUCUAGGUCUACACACUGAGCCUGGCAUCUAAGCCCCUCUAGACCACUAGGUGGAUCCUAACCCUCAUCUCAAGCUCCCUCUCCCUGCUGACAUCAGAUCCGAUUUGACUGUCAGUUGAGGUUCCGCUGGAGGCCCCCCUCUUGUUUAGAACAGAACCCCUCCUUCUCUCCCUGUUCCCUUACGUGCUCUUUGACCCGAAGGCACCUGUUUGAGACUUCCUGGGUCCUCCAUUUGUGCUUCACGUACAUCCACUCGGUUUUGUCCCAUGUAGUCUGUUUCCCCUACAUUCACAUUACCAUGCCUUAAUUUGGCUUUUUCUUGUUUUGUUUUGAUACUGCAGUAGUCUCCCAGUUGUGAUUCAUACUUGCCACCACCAGAAUUCUCUAGCAAAUCAGAGCACUUGAUCUUAGGCUGAAUGGCUUCCUAAUGCCUGUAGGUGGGUAGGAACAAUCCAGGUUGCUUGUGUCGGCGUCCAGUGCCCUUCUGCAAGUUUGCUUCCUACUCUCCUGUCAUCACCUGCCAAGAGUAGAGCCCACAUGGCCCCGCAACAAUAAAGUUGUUUAAGCUCUUUGGUAAA